AUGGCUACAUAUAAUGCGUUCCUGUGCCUGGUAGCGCUUCUAGCUACUUUAGGAAAAUGCAAGGAAUUCAACCCGACGACGAAUCUCAUCACGCCCGAAUCAUCCCGGCCGAUGCUCGAGUCGAUUAAUGGUACGCGUAACUUUCGCAUGCACGGGAAAAAGGGCAAAGACGACAAAACCUGGUUCGAUGGGCGUGAAAUGCGCUACAUCUACUGCGUGCGGCCAGCAAAGUGUGAGCUAAUUCGCCACACAUCCUGCCUCGGAUCGACGCUUCCGUACUCGUCCAUUAGCCUCGAUUUAACCGACUCGUACAGCCAGGAAGAAACGCACAACAAACUGUUCCAAUACAAAGCCCUUAUCAACGUGCCGAAAUGUUGGGCGGUGAUACAACCUUUCUUGUGCGCAGUGUUUACGCCAAAGUGCGAAAAAAUUAACGGCCAGGAGAUGGUGUACCUGCCAUCGCUGGAAAUGUGCAAGAUUACUCUCGAGCCGUGCCGAAUAUUGUACAACACGAGCUUCUUUCCUGAGUUUCUGAAAUGCAACGAAACGCUUUAUCCUUCGAAAUGCAACAACGAUGUACGGGAGGAGAUGAAGUUUAAUGCUACGGGACAGUGUCAGAGUCCGUUGGUACCUGCAGACCUUCCGGCUAACUAUUACAAAGACAUCGACGGGUGUGGUGUACAGUGUAAGGAUCCACUGUACACAGAUCACGAGCACCGACAGAUACAUAAACUUGUUGCGUGGGGUGCAAGCGUUUGUCUUGCAUUUAAUUUGUUCACUCUGGCCACGUUCGCCAUCGACUGGCAGAAUGCGAACAAGUAUCCGGCAAUGGUGAUAUUUUACAUUAAUUUCUGUUUUGCUGUCUCCUGCCUAGGAUGGCUAGCCCAAUUCACCCCAGGCGGACGGGAAGACAUCGUCUGUCGCAAGGAUGGCACACUCCGGACGUCGGAACCGAGCGCAGGGGAAAACCUGUCCUGCAUUGUGGUGUUUAUAUUGGUUUAUUACUUCCUGAUCGCGGCAAUGGUAUGGUUCGUCAUCUUCACUUACGUGUGGCACAUGAGUUUUAAGGCCAUCGGGAAAAUACAGGACCGGAUUGACAAGAAAGGCUCGUAUUUUCAUCUGAUCGCCUGGUCCCUGCCACUCGUGCUAACAAUCACGAUUAUGGCGUUGAGCGAGAUCGACGGCAACAGCACCGUGGGGAUUUGCUUCGUAGGCUAUCUGAACCACCCGAUCAGGGGUGGAUUCGUGCUAGCGCCCGUUCUUUGCGUUUUGCUGGUAGGCGGUUACUUUCUUGGUCGGGGCCUGCUGACGCUCAUACGGCUGCGGAUAUCGAGCAAGGAAAUCAUCUCGGCCAGGGCUAGCAAAAAGAUCCACCAGACCAUCGUGCGUAUGGGUAUGUGCACGACGUCUACGUUCGUGUUUAUCGUGGCGACCGUUUUCUGUCACGUUCACGAAUUCCGACACAGUUCAGCCUGGGCCACGUCGCUGCGCGACUACAUCGUGUGCCAAAUCACCUCCAUCUACAACGAUGACGUUACGAACAGCUGCCGCAUGGAGCAGCGACCAAGCGUGGCCAUUUUGCAAGUUCAUCUGAUCUGCCUGUUUGCCUCCGGAAUCGUAAUGUCGUCCUGGGUGUGGACCAACUCGACUCUCGAAUCCUGGGGGCGGUAUUUUCGGAGGCGCUUCGGAACGGACGUCGAUGAACCGGUAAAGCUCCAAAAGCAUAAGGUAAUAGCGCAGGCGUUCGCCAAGCGAAAGGAAUUCCAAAAUCAAGGCCGCCUCUCGAUAUCGUUUCACAAUUCGCACACCGACCCAGUGGGGCUCAAAUUCGAUAUAAACUCCGCCAUUGGGAGCCAUGAUUUUAGUUCAACUUGGGCUAAUAAUUUGCCGCGUUUUGUAAACCGUCGAUGUGCGCUCACGGGUGCCGCGACUAGUUCGAGUCACGAUCCGCGCAAGAAUUCUGUUGAUUCAGAGAUAAGCUUCAGCGUGCGGCACGUGUCUGUAGAAUCUCGCCGCAAUUCGAUCGACUCGCAGGUGUCAGUCAAAAUUGCCGAGGUUAAAACGAAGGUAGCUAGUCGGAGUAGCCGUGGUACGGUGGUUGUUGGCUCUGGUGGCCACAAGCACGGACACAAAGCACGCCAGAGUCGCCGAAGGCAUGAUUUCGCCUCGGCAGGACGACGAUACAGUCGCAAAGAGAGCAGCACUUCUGUUGAGUCGCAGAUAAUAACGGCAGCUAUUCAAAAGGCCGGUGGAAGUGCAUCAGGCCGGCAUGCCUCGUCAGGUGGAGGAUCCUUCGGGGCAGGCAAUAUGCAGCGGCGCACCGGAAUCGGCGCGAUGGACGCUCAUCAGAUCAAUGAUUUGAUCUCAAAUGGAAAAUUGUUACUACCGUUUCUGCAAGGGCAAGGACUUACUACGUCCGAGGACGAUAACGAGUCGGUAGGUUCGUUCAAGUUUGACGAUUCCAAGUUCGGCAUCUUUAUGAAGCAGAUCGACGGGGCGAACCGUGGUUUUGGAAAUGGAGCCGGCGGUCGUGGGGACGUUGGCGGUGGGGUGGCAACUGGAGGAUGCCGGAUCGAGGAAUACCGUAGCAGUGAGGACGACGACGACGACGACGAUGAGGAUAAAGAAGCGGAAGCAUUGAUCAAUGGAAGAAAUGGCCCAUUGCGACAAAUUACAUCAGGUCGAGAGGAAACAAUCUCCAGAGUGGCUGAUGGCAAUAUCUCGAAGGAUAUCACUACAUCCUGUGCAAGGUCCGGUAAAGAUGGUGGAGGACGCGUUAGUAAAGGUAGCAUAACAAAGAAUCUUCGUAGCAAAAAGGUAGGCAACGGUUCACGCCAAGGGACGAUGACACGAAAAACACAACAGCAGCAUCAGCGUAGGAAAAAGGAAAAAGUAAGAGAACGCGAGCGCGAGAAGGAUUUGGAAGUGAUGGACCGUGUUCCAUCCGUGUCUACUGCGGCUGCAGCUUCCGGCUUCGGUCCCGAGACGAUGUACGAUUUUGACGACUCUUCGUUCACGUCGUAUUGUUCCGAGUUGUCACCGUUGCAUGUGAACAGCUCUUACUCGGGUGUAUCCGUUGCCAAAACAAAUUCACGUAACUCGAAGCGUAGCUGCGAUGUUGGCAUACAAACGAAUGCUCAUGAAAUCGCGACUCAGACGAUGUCGUCGUUUGAAUUCAGCGAAAAGGCAAUGAAAAACGAAGAGAACGCAGAUAUCUAUACUGAAAAUCAUCAGUUAUUACCACCACUCCAGGCAGUGGCGCAACCUCCAUCGAAGCUGAUGCAAAUAACUACACAAACGUCUAUGCCCGUGGGCCGGAAGCAGCGCGAUGCCAACGAAUCGGCCGGUUUGAGCGAUGCGGAAAAGCUGAAAAUGUUACUACUCCCAUCCAAGUAA